GCUUUGAAUACGAUCAUCGUCAUCCGCAGCGAAGCGGACAAGGUUCCUCCAUCGUUUCCACCACUGCUCACUACCAUACCGUAGCAUACCCAGCUACCACCGCACGGAACUACACGAAACUACAACGCGACCACACACACAACAGCUUCGCAUCUCUACGAAGCACAUACGCGUGCCAUGGCGAAACCUCAACGGCGCCGUCGCUUCCGGCGCAACGCCUCGGAACCCUUCCAGCCGCUACGAACACUCCUGCAUAUCGUGUUGCUCCAGAGCAUCUACUACCUCGCCGCAACACUCCUAAUUCUCUUCGCUGCGCUCGUCGCCGGCACUCCCUUCAGCAUCUCGCUGAUCUUUAGUUGGCGUGCUGUACGCGGGGAUACAACCGUGGGGUGGACAUUAGGCGUCGUGUGGCUCCUAUGCGGGCUCUUCAUGAUCGUAGCACAACUCCUAGUAAUCGCCCGCUCCAAGCUUGUCCUCGACUUCUCGCUCACCAGCACGUUCCUCCACCUGAUGGUGGUAAGCCUCUACGACCACGAAGUUCCACGCUCGGUACUCUGGUGGGCGCUACAGGUUGCUAUUACCGUGCUCAUGAUCGGCGGGGGAACAUGGGCAUGUCGCUGGCGCGAGCUGCGGCCGAUGAGCUUCGGACUCGGAGAGCAGGGUGCCCGCGGGGAGUAUGAGAUGGUGCCGGUGGCGGCGGUCGAGGAGGGACAGGCGGCCGCAAAGUCCGGGGAGAGCUCUAGGGCCUAGGAGGGCCGAUGGAUGGCGUUUGUGCAUUUGGUUUUAUUUCAUCUGGAUCCGUGUGGGCUUUACUGGGUUGCGGACUGGUAACUUGAUUGUAGCUUCUUUUUAUCUUAGUCUUAGAGGACGUGUGCUUGUACGAUAGUUGGCUGGGUUAGAAACGCGUAUAGUUGGUAUGUAUCACGGCGUUCUUUGGAGUGUCCACC